AUGCAAAAUACGUGUCGAAACAAAGAUAAACGCAUUCCCGUCGCUUUCAUAACGAUUCUCGCGUGGCUCCCAGUGCUCGUUACCAAUAUCCAAACGCUUUCGAAACAUCAAGAUAACCAGAAACUCCUCCGCGUCAACCUCGAAUUGUUUUCUGCUGCAGUGGCUGUGUUAGGAACCUGCGUCAUCGCGCUUCAACGACCACCGCCCAGAUACUCCCAACAAUACAUGCCGGAAACUUCCUUCAGCUGUCGUAAUAAAAUCGUAGGAAGCUAUUAUGCCGACCCUGAGACCGACUGCCAAGUGUUCCACGUUUGCGUGUCUGUGUCAGGCUCCGUCCAGGAUUACAAGUUCCUAUGUCCCAACGACACCGCUUUCGACCAAGAAAGCCAAACCUGCGCGGACUGGUACGACGUGGACUGCGAGGCAGCCACUCUUUACUACGCCAGCGACAACUUCGACCUGUACAGGAUCGGAUCAGGCCUGGAAUCUCCUCACUACGACAACAUACGCAACGACGUUGAGCCUCAGGAUCACCUGCAGCGGAGCGAGACCAGUGAUCCUGUUCGUUCCUCUGCCAACAAUUUCAAUAGGGUGUCCUCCACUAAUUACAACAACAACAACAACAACAACAACCACAGGGACCUGAGGGUCAGCAGCAGUGGUAACGUCUACAACAGAAAUGACAAGGACGAGGAUUACCAGGCAGAGAAGGCCUACAAAGAAGAAAGUGUUCCUGAUACUAGAAAAAAAACAGGUGUCAGAAAGGUCAGCAGGAAGCAGCAGUUCAACGACAACAAUUACUACUCCACUUCCAGCACCACACCACCUCCAGCGAUUAACAACCAGAACACCUACACUGGGUUCUACAGCGGUGCCAAUUACAAUCAACGAGCCAAUGGAUUCGUCUCUUCCACCAGCGCGAGGCCUCAAGAAAAUUACAACAGGAACCAGAACAAUCAGAGAUUCAAUUCAGCGUCACCUUCCACGUACAGGCCUAGCACAGCUGUUUACCAGGACAAUUACAACUUCCAGUCUCCUAGCACGACCUCCAGGACAACUGUUUACAAUGCUUACAAUGCCAAUUCAAAUUAUAAUCAACAAACUACAGGUAGCUUCAGUCAGAGUACCACGGUGAAACCAACCACCUUCAAGAAUUAUCAGAAUUACAACGGUGGACAGAUAGCACAGUCCACUACCCUGCAACCCAGCACCAAUUACCAGGCGAACGACUACACAAACUUCCAGAGAAAUUAUAACAACAUUCAGCGUACAAGUAACAACGUGGCAUACCAGUCCACGACUCAAGCACCUACCGUUUACGACAAUACUUACAACAAUAACAAUAACGGACAAUUUAGGAGCACGUCCACGAGGCAAGACAUCGCUCAGUCAACCACAAAAUACUUCCCGAGCUACGCAAGCAGCAGCUAUGCUCCUACCACUUACAGUCCAGCUACGAAGAAGUACAUUACCAAUGACAACAGUCAAGCUCAGACCUCCAUCAGGAGUAACGACAAUGGACAGUACUACGAUAAGACCAACCAGCCAAUCAAAAGCUCAUCCCAAUAUUAUGACAGUACCAAGGCACCCAAGAAGGCUACACAGUACAACAAUUAUGAAAGCAAUGGGAAAUAUUACACCGAAACCAGCACCAGCAAUUAUGACAUUGCCAGGUCAUCGGUUGGCAUCGGAUUCAGCCCUGCAAGCAUCAACCACUUGGCAGAGACUCCAAGAUCUACCACCCCAGUGCCAAGGAGGCUCUCAACAGUAACCACGUACAAUCCCAACAGCUUCAAUUCGAACACGCAGAGGCCGCCACAGUCGCCAACCACCGUUCGGGGAAGUACCUACGUGAGUGGAUCCGCGAGACCGUUCUCCUCCACGACCAGGCUGCCUCCUACAACUACGGCGCGACCAAAGUCUGGAAAGAAGAACGACUACGAUUAUGCCUAUUAUGAUAACACCGCGGGCCUCGAAUACGAUAGCCUCGAUUUGGAGCACGUGACUGGAAAUAAGGAAUCCACAAAGAUAGCAAGGAAUUAAUUCCCUAGCAUUUUUUUCAAGGAUGUAACGUUUCGCCACGCAAAGUUCCUAGGAACUUUGGAAUAACUUAACGAGCAAUAGUGGCCAGUGCAUUGUCGAAAUCGACUUUCGACGACAGUAUAAAGAAAGGAUAUAUAUAUUCGAAAGUCGAUUUUGACGUAGAUUAUAACGCCUAUUAGACUUCUCUUUACGUAUCUCUCAUUUUUAUACAGUAUUGUAGGGUAAAGAAUUAUGUCUCCGUAUUGGCAGACCGCGAUAUUGUCAAAAUUUGAUACUUGUACAUACAAUAAUGUCUCUAUUCGUGUCCUGAAACCUGCGGACUGAGUGUAUAUAUUAUAAGUAUUUUAAUUAAAAUGAAAAACGU